UUAUUUCAUUUCUGUACAAAUAAUAUGCCGGGAAGUAAUCAAGCCCUACAUAAGAACAUGAUGCUAACAACAUGCAAAAGAAUAAUUAAUCAAACUCUUCUGCAGUCAUGUGACAUGUACUGUAUCUUUUCCAGUUUAGGCGUAAGGAAAUUAACAAAAACAGGAGACGUUGGAGCUGACAUUUAGAUCGAGAGAUUACGAAUGGCAGUUAUGUUAUGUGUACUUUGGCGAACUUAUUGUAGGAAAUUCAAACCGCACCUUCUAAUGCUUAUUUCAUAACUGAAGCUGCUUUCAAUCAUGGAAUGAAUCCUCAUGUCUAUGUAACUUAUCGGCAUGUUGUAUCUGGUUUAGCUGUGCUGCCUUUCGCCUAUUUCCUAGAAAGGAAUGUAAGGCCGAAGUUGACAUUAGCAUUGUUUACUGAGAUAUCUGCACUAUCACUUAUCGGGUAGGGUAAGGGUUCCUGAAUUAAGGAGUUUUCGUGAAUUCAGUUAAUUUCUUGAUUUAAUGGUUAAAACCAAGUUUCUUUCAAGAUCACAGGGUCUGUUUAACUCUGAAUAUGUACUUUCUUAGCAUGAAAUAUACCUCACCAACUUUCAUUGCGGCGAUGAUCAACACAGUUGCUUCUUUGACUCUUGUAAUUGCAGUUGUCUUGAGGUGGGUACACAUGUGGAAAAAUUUAUAUUAUCAAAGACCCAUACAAAAUCUUUCUUCUCAACUGCAUACCUUUAGCUUGUACUUCCUAUAUGUAUGUCAAAUGAAGGUUAGAAGUUCUUGAGUCUUGACAUUAGAAGAAGCCGAGGGAUGGCAAAAAUUCUUGGAACCUCAGUUUCCUUCGCUGGUGUACUGACCAUGACAUUGUUCAGAGGACCUGCAAUUAGAAACUUAUGGGGUGCAGUAAUUCGUAUUGAAAGGAACAGUGUCGAGCAUGAGAAUUGGAGUUCACUCCUUGCUGUUGCUAGCUGCAUAAUAUGGUCUAUUUGGUACAUCAUGCAGGCCGUUGCAUUGAAGAAAUACCCUGCACAACUUUCAUUAACGGCAUGGAUGAGUAUUCUUGGUGCAGCACAAUCAGCAGUCUUAACAGCAUUUAUAGAACAUAGACCUAAAGCGUGGGCAAUCGGAAUAAAUGUGGAACUUUGGGAUAUCAUUUACGCUGGAGUGGUUUGCUCUGGUCUGAUAAUAUACGUACAACUAUGGUGCACAGAGCAAAAAGGUCCAGUUUUUGUUACCAUGUUUGAUCCUCUUUCCACAUUAAAGGUGGCUGUCGUGGCAUACUUUAUUGUUGGUGAAAGAUUGUACAUGGGUGGAGCAAAGAGGGUGACAAUGAACCUCAAACCGAUUCUCAAGUACUAACGAAUCUGAGCUAUGAUGAGCAUAAGGAAAGCAAGAUGCAAAUAGCUUCUUAAUGCUAGGGAAGGAAAUAUCCAUACCAGAGCCUAAUACACGAGGGAAUAGUCUAAGCGAGAAAUUUAUUACUCCUCA